AUGAGAGUGUUUAUUAUUAGACUUGGGAAGACCAUCACAAUAGAUUGCGACCAGUUAACGACCAUUGCAAAUUUAAAAGACAUGGCAGGUGUUCCAGGAAAUUGUCACUUAGUCUACGGUUCUGAGUUCCUGACGAGUUACAAUUGUCUGAUGGACUACGAAAUUGAAGACGGGUCAACGAUUUCUGUGGCUGAACCUUUACGUGGUGGUGGUUGGAAUGUUUGGGUCGAAAUCUUAACUGGUAACAGCAAGACUCAAUAUGGUUGUGACAUGUCAACCACCAUUGGAAACUUGAAAGCCAUGAUCCAGAAGAAAGAAGGCAUUCCACCAGUACAACAGUGUCUCAUGUAUGCUGGUAAGCAGUUGGCAGAUGAGCAGAUAUUGUAUGAUCUACAGCCCCCGUCAGAGAAUUUUACGUUGGUGUUACAUAUCAUCAAGGAUCGUCAAUACCCUACCCAUAAAAAACAACAAAACAUUGACUGCUGUGCCAUUUGUUAG